AUGAUGAUUCUCGGGCUUUUUUUGUCACCACUGUCACUGUAUUCGAAUAUGGCAGAGCUGUUCAUUUUAUCACGUCUCAUUGCUGGAAUUGCUGUUGGAAUGAGCACAAUGGUACAAAGUGUUUUUCUCACCGAAAUCAGUCCUGUUGGUUGUCGUGGUCUGAUGGGCACAAUGACUGGUUUAUCCACCAAUAUUGGUGUUUUAACUUCAUCCGCGCUUGGUUUGCCGCAGAUUUUUGGUACCGACACAUUGUGGCCAUAUGUUUUCUACAUAGAAAUGCUUCCAUGCUUUAUGCUGAUAGUUUAUGCGAUUUUUGUCCUUCACGAAAGCCCUCUGUAUUUUUUGCGGAGAAAUGAUGAAAAGCAAGCGCAAAAGGCCGUUGAAUUCUACUACAGCAGGGAAGAUAAUUCGUAUAGAGUUACAAAACAACUGGAGAUGGAGUUACAUUCACAGAUUCAUCAUUUGCGAGAUGCUGGUUGGAUGGUUCUCUGGACGGACAGGGCAACGCGGCGAGCGCUUUAUUUCUCGAUUAUUUUGAAUGGGACGGUAAGUUUCAGUGGCAUAAUCGCGAUGUCAUUUUUCGGGACAUUCCUUCUUAAUGCUAUUGGAUUCUCAGAGCAUGGUGCUGCACUAGCAAACUGUAUUUCAUCUUUAGCCGGUACAGCUGGUAUACUCGUCGGAGCGAUCACAAUCGACAAUAUCGGACGUCGCUUCUUGCUGAUUGGAAGUAUGGUUAGUUUAGUGGCCGUCAAUACAGGAAUGAUGGCACUUGUUUCGAUCUUUCUUCGGUAUCAUUUCAUCUGGCUUGGAUAUGGAUUCCUACUUCUCUUCAACGUCUUCCUAUUUGUCUUCAGGUUUUUUAACACGAUUAUACCGAUAAUUUAA